UCUUCUUCUGGACAGCGUGCAGCCCUCAUGCUCCUCGCCAACCCAAAUAUGAGCACGCCAUGGCUGUUUGCUCAGCAGCUGUUCUGACGUGUGAGGUGGCAGACUGAGUGGUGAGGCCGGAAGGGAACACGCUUUCACUGGAAGUAUUGAUGAGCCUCUUGACUGCCAUACCCAUUCCCAAAGACUCUUUCAAAGAUGCGACUCCCUGCAGAGAGCCAAAGACGUCAGCCCUACACUCUACACUAGCCCUGCCUUUAUAGCACGCCCUGACCUUUGCCCCUCAACUACAAGUCACAAGAGGAAGCAAAGAAGUGAAAUGUCCUCGCCUCUUUAGUCCAACACCUUUGACAUUGUCCACAACUCAACAACUCAAUACUCUUUUUACAUCCAAACACAUGGCACUGAGGGAAGACGGCUCAGUCAGCGCUGACAGCUGGAGAAGGUAAGACAUGUAGCGUGGAGAAGGUAGGACAUGUAGCGUGGAGAAAGUAGGACAUGUAGCGUGGAGAAGGUAAGACAUGUAGCGUGCAGAGCCACACCAUAAGAAGGAUCCAGGAUGUUCCUGCCCUACCUGGGAGUGUUGGUAGCGGCGGUGGUGGUGGUGGCGGCCAACAAGAUGCUGGACCAGUGUCUGAGCGCCAAGCGUCAGUACGCCAUGAACGUGGUGCUGCUGGAAGACAACACCUACGCCUGGAGCAGACCUCUGGUGCAGGCUGCUGUGGAACAAGCCAUCCAGAGGGACCGGGAGGAGAACAUCAAAUACGACUUCAACUUUACUUUGACUGCAAACUACUACGGCUUCAACACCACCUUCUACAACCGACAAGGCUGUGGCAGCAGCACCUGUGAGGGUGUGGCCAUACUGAAGAUGCUGCAUACCAAAGGUGAGGUGGGAUGCGUCAUGCUGGGUCCGUCCUGCACAUUCGCCACCUUCCAGUUAGUGGACGAGGUCAUCGGCCUGAGCCUGAGCAUUCCCAUCAUCUCGGCGGGGAGCUUCGGCCUGUCGUGCGACUACAAGCCCAAACUCACCCGCAUCCUGCCGCCGGCGCGCAAGAUCUCCGACAUGUUCUCCAACUUCCUGAUGGAGGUGCUGCCCUUCAAGGACCAGUGGGAGCAUGUUUACGUCUACAAGAAGUUUGUGCACAACGCCACCGAGGACUGCUUCUGGUACACCAAUGCGCUGGAAGCACCUGCAGCCAACUUCGCCAAGCAGAUAAAGAGACAGAUGCUCCGAACGGAGGAUGAACUAACGAAAGCCCUCAUGUCUGAGGAAAGACACAGUAACAUUUUCAUCCUGUGUGGCCGCCUUGACGACGUAGUUUCAGUGAAGGCCAAAGUGGGUCCUCUUCACCAGGACACCGUCUUCCUUCUUCUGGACAUUUACAACCCUGAGUAUUACGUCAACGCCACGUCCAGUCAGGGCAUGCAGGACGUCCUGGUGGUCACGCUCCCAAAGAGGAACUACGACUAUGGAUCUGCUCUCCAGUUCAACGACACGAUCAACGACUACGUGGCCGGCUAUCAUGACAGCGCCCUGCUGUUUGGUAAAGUGCUCAGGGAAAGAGAGCUGAGUCAGCGAAAUAAGUCAAACUACAGAGACUCUCACGACGUCCCGCUCAGCGACAACCCUUUUGGGAAUGUCUCCUUCCUCGGUAUGGCAGGACACUACGUGCUGGACGAGUACGGGGACAGAGACGUCAACUUCUCCAUCAUUUACACCUCCACUAAGAGUGGCAAGUACCACACUCUGCUGGUGUUUGACACGUCCCAGAAUAAAACCAUAGAGAUGGCUCAUGAUCCAGAUCUGCCUUGGAGAGGAAAUCGUCUGCCCCAAGAUCUGCCUGAGAGUCUAGUUGGUCUGAGCACGCAGGAUGUGAUCGUGAUCGUCCUGAGCGUCAGCGUUGUCGUGGUGACCGCCAUGGCACUCGUCUUCUACAGGCAGAACAGGAAAGAACGGCAAAUGCAGAAGAAGUGGUCUCACAUCAGCCCUCACCUGAUUGGUCCGCUGGACGAGAAGGAGGUCUUCCUCAAGAUAGAUGACGAUAUCAAGAGGAAAGACAGCGCUUACUUCAAUCGUCGAUGCCGCUAUGACAAGAAGCCGGUCAUCUUGAAGGAGCUGAGACACACUGAUGGAGACUUCACACCGGAACAGAAGAUUGAUCUGAACACUCUGCUGCGUAUCGAUUACUACAACCUGGCCAAGUUCUACGGCACCGUCAGCUUUGAGUAUGGAGUCUUUGGAGUCUUUGAACUCUGCCAGAGAGGAUCCCUCAGGUACAUCCUGAAUGACAGAAUCUCCUACCCAGACGAGACCUUCAUGGACAUGGAGUUCAAGAUCUCAGUCAUGUAUGACAUAGCCAAGGGCAUGUCUUAUCUCCACUCCAGCAACAUUGAAGUCCACGGUCGCCUGAAGUCCACCAACUGUGUGGUGGACAACCGCAUGGUGGUGAAGAUCACCGACUUUGGCUGCCACACCAUCCUGAAGCCAGGUAGAGAUGUUUGGACGGCUCCAGAACAUCUGCGCAGAGACGGUGUGUCUCAGAAAGGAGACGUCUACAGCUACGGCAUCAUCGCCCAUGAAAUAGUUCUGAGGCGGGCGCCAUUCUACACGCCAUGCUGCUCCAGUCGAGCAGAGAAGAUCUACAAGGUGCGCUACCCCAACGGCUUUGCUGUCUUUAGGCCAGAACUGAACUGUGAUGGCCUGUCAGAGAAAGACAUGGAGCUGCAGAUGCUGAUAAAGAACUGCUGGGAUGAAGAUCCAGAACGAAGGCCGGAUUUCAGGAAAAUAGAGAUGACUCUGGGAAAGCUUUUCAGCAACCUGCACAACCAAGCCACAGAGACCUACAUGGACAACCUGAUCCGCCGCCUGCAGAUGUACUCCAGGAACCUGGAGCACCUGGUGGAGGAGAGGACGUCUCUGUACAAGGCGGAGAGGGACAGAGCGGACCGCCUCAACUUCAUGCUCCUUCCCGGUCCGGUGGUGCGUUCGCUGAAGGAGACCGGCAGGGUGGAGCCGGAGCUCUUUGAAGAGGUGACGGUCUAUUUCAGUGACAUUGUGGGCUUCACCACCCUGUGCCACUACAGCACCCCCAUGGAGGUGGUGGACAUGCUCAAUGAGAUCUACAAGAACUUUGACAGCGUCCUCGACCACCAUGAUGUCUACAAGGUGGAGACCAUAGGAGACGCCUACAUGGUUGCUUCAGGUUUGCCCAAACGCAACGGUGACCGCCAUGCCGUGGACAUCGCACGCAUGGCACUGGACAUUCUGUCCUUCGUCGGGACCUUUGAGUUGCAGCAUUUGCCCGGCAUUCCUCUGUGGAUACGGAUUGGUGUGCAUUCAGGUCCUUGUGCUGCUGGAGUGGUGGGCAACAAGAUGCCUCGAUAUUGUUUGUUUGGAGACACUGUCAACACCGCCUCACGCAUGGAGUCCACCGGCCUGCCGUUAAGAAUCCACAUCAGUCAGUCCACACUUGGAAUCCUGAAGAGGACCGACUGUCACUUCCUGUGUGAGCAGAGAGGAGAGACUUACCUCAAGGGCAAAGGCAAAGAGAUGACAUACUGGCUGACAGGAGAGACUGGAGACAAAUACAAUCUUCCCACACCUCCCACAGCGGAGAACUUCCAGAGGCUGCAGCAGGACCUGGCUGAGAUGAUCGUGUCCAGCCUGGAGCAGCGAGGAGAAGGUGGCGAGGUCUUGGAAAAGAGGAAAACCUUGUCUGCCAAAGCCUCAAAGAGGGACCUGGACAGCGGGCCGCCCGAGUACUUCCACUUGGCCGUGACGGAUGAGCCCGGAACUCACCUGUGACGGUGCAGGACCAGGACCAGGACUUCCUGCUACAAACACUGCGGGCGUUCUUCGGACUCCACGCCGGGACUCUGGCGAACACAAUUUGCUGACGCAGCAGAAAAUGUCUUAUUUUGCGUCACCUUCAUUGUCCUUUUUCAGCAGAAAAUGUUCUUCUUGAGUCACGUCUUGUGUUAUGAAAGCAUGUCUGCAGACCACCUGGACUCACUUCCUGUGGUCAACUCCUGCCUGGACUCACUUCCUGUGGUCAACUCCUCCUGCCUGGACUCACUUCCUGUGGUCAACUCCUCCUGCCUGGACUCACUUCCUGUGGUCAACUCCUCCUGCCUGGACUCACUUCCUCUGGUCAACUCCUCCUGCCUGGACUCACUUCCUGUGGUCAACUCCUCCUGCCUGGACUCACUUCCUGUGGUCAACUCCUGCCUGGACUCACUUUCUGUGGUCAACUCCUCCUGCCUGGACUCACUUCCUGUGGUCAACUCCUUCUGCGUCUACUUUUUGUCACUUGGCUAGAAAUGGACCUGAGGUGUGCAGUCAAACUGUUGCUAUGAUAUGCUGUUAACAUUUGGACCGAUACGGUACCGAUUUUCAAUACUUUUGUGUUAAUAAAUAAUAGUUUUUGGUAUAAAA